AUGGGCGCACAACCGACGAUACCUAAUGUAGGUGCAGGCAUUUAUGGUGAGGCCGAUGCCCAGCUUCCCAGCGAGUUCGUCUUGGAGAUUCCCCUGGACCGCCUCCACGUGGUGGAGUCCCUCAACACCAGCCCACUGGCCUUUCUGUCGGGGGACGUCAACCAGGUGGAGCUUCCUCAGCUGGUUUCAGCGCUGCGCAGUGCGGCCCAGGACGAGCGGUGCCGCGGCGUGGUGACGUACCUGGGUGCUCGGGAGCACCUGGGGGGGCUGGCGACCGCGCAGGAGCUGCGUGAUGCGCUGUUGGCGUUCCGCUCCGCCACCUCUGGCCGCUCAGCCCCCGUGGCCGCCUUCGCCGCCAGCUUCGGGGAGGCGGGCAGCAGCGGCAUGGUGCCGUACUUGGUGGCGUCAGCUUGCGAUGAGGUGUACAUGCAGCCGUCGGGCCUCCUGGGCCUUACCGGGCUGGAGAGCCGCGCCUUCUUCGCCCGCGGCCUGCUGGACCGGCUCCACGCCCAGCCGCUUAUCCUUGCGCGCGAGGAGUACAACUCCGCGCGGGGGCUGCCGGCGGAGUCUGUACGGCAGGCAGUGGACCAGGCUCCGCUGCUGCCAGCGGCCGCCACCGCUGCCAAGCUGCUGAACGGCACGAAAUACAAGUACGAGUAUGAGUCAUUGCGCCCUUCGUUAGGGGUAUGGGACGAGGUGCAGGCGCUGUUUCGCAUCAGCGACAAGGCACUGAAGGAGGAGAAGGAGCGAUUGGGCAGCAAACAUAAGCGCAGAAAGGACGAUGUUCGCCUGGUCCGUGUUCCUGUUGACAAGUACAUCCGGCUGCUGGACUUGAAGAAGUCUGCUGAGGCGGUCAGGGAGGGGCCGGGGGGCUGGCUGGGGGGCACGGCGUUCGAGGGACUGGUGCGGGCGGUGAGGGGCCAGCAGCAGCAGCAAGAGCAGCAGCAGCAGCAGCAGGAUGGUGGAGCUGAAGAUUCUUUUUGGGGCGGUGGAAAGCGGCGCAGCAAGGUGGCGGUGGUGACGGCCUCGGGGCCCAUUGUGCAGGGGCCGGUGCCGCCGGGCCAGUCGCAGGGGCAGGUCAUUGACGCCACAAAGCUGUGCCGCCAACUGGCGGCCCUCUUGGAGGACUCCACGGUCACCGCGGUGGUUGUGCGGGUGAACUCCCCGGGGGGCAGCGCCCUGGCCUCCGACUCGCUGCACCACGAACUGGUCCGGCUGAGGGCGGCGGGUAAGGUGGUGGUGGUCAGUGGGGGGUACUACCUGGCAGCUGCUGCGGACCACAUCGUGGCUCAGCCGGGCAGUCUGACGGGCAGCAUCGGUGUGCUGUUCGGGAAGGUCUACGUGGGCAAGACGCUGGAGGAGGCGGGCAUUCGGAGCGAGGGGGUGACGGUGGGUCGCAACGCCGACGCCCUCAGCCCCUUCACGGGCUUCACUCCGGACCAGGAGGCCCAGAUGGAGGCCCUCAUAGACCACGUGUACCAGGACUUCCUGGAGAAGGUGUCGAGAGGUCGCGGGCGGCCGGUGGAGGAGGUUAGGCAGCUCGCCAAAGGCAAGGUGUAUACCGGGCGACAAGCGCACGAAGUGGGUCUUGUGGACGAGCUUGGCGGCCUGGAGACUGCCGUACAGCGCGCCAAGCAGCUGGCGGGACUUCCGGAGGACGCGGAGGUUGUGUCGUACCCGCCUCGCCGCAUUCCGCUGCUGCUGCAGCUGUUGCGGCGGUCCGGCGCGAUUCCGCAACCCGGAGACAGCGACAGCGGCGGCGGCGGCGGCGGUGUUGCAUCGCCGCGGCACCUUGCGGCGGCGUUUCUAGAGAGCUCUGGGCUGGGGGGAGCGGCGCUGUGGGGCCUUGCUGGCGGUGCCGUGGACUUGUCUGCUGCAGCAGCUGUCGGCGGCGUGUCGCUGGGAUUGGGGUUUGGCCGGGGGUCGGGGUCGGGGUCGGGGUUGGAGGCGGCGGCGGCGCAUGUUGGCGGCAGUCUGGUGCCGCUGCUCCUCGCUGGCGGACGUCCUCAGCUCUAUUCGGUCGAGGCCGCCCGGCUGGCCCAGGAGGUGUAG